CUGAGGGCGCGGCAUUCUUGCAAUUGUUGCGCCCGGCUCCAACAGAAUAACCAAUAGGAGCCGCGGCAGCGCCGCCAUUCUAUCGAGUUCGUGGCACGCCCUACAACUUCCUCCAUUGUCCUUCUUUCCGGGAUUCUCUGCGAGGAAGGAUGGCUCAGAACAAUUAUUUUGGGUUUACUCACGGCGGAACGCAAUAUGGAGCGACCAGCGCAGCCGCUUAUCAGACUGGUCAAGCGGGAUACGCAGUAACUCCAGCGGCAACUGCCGCCACGUACACUCAACGACCCGCUGCUGCUGCGGCUACAGGUUACGAAACGUAUCAAGCGGCCGCCGCUGCAGCCGCUACUGGGACCACGUACGCUGCUGCUAAUCCUGGUACUGUGGCUCAGACAUACGAUUACGGUUACGGGCGUGCUGCACCUGCAGCUACAUACGACGCUGCUAAAACUUAUUAUCAGCAACCUGCCGCAGCUGCAGCGACUUACACUACUACAGAAACACAUUAUCAAGCUGCGAAACCUGCAUAUAGCACCACUAGUGCUUAUACAGGCACAGCCAGACAAGCUACUACUACUGGACAAGCUAAAACAUACCAAGCAUCAAGUACAGCUUAUCAGCAAUCUAAUCCUACUCAAAGUGCUACCUAUUCUUCAGGAUAUACAGCUCCUGCAACACCCGCGGCUACACCAUCGACAGCUACAAAUAAAACGGCGAGUACAACGUAUUCCGGCUACGACGCAGCGCUAUAUAGCGCUGCGACUAUGUAUGUAGCCCAACAGAGUGCAAACAGCAAUUCAACUAACCAGAAGACUGGAGGUUGGCAGGGCUACGGACGAAAGGGAUUUGGCACUGGAGGGGGAGGAAUGAAGGCAAUGCGGCCCAAGCAGCCCCCUAAGCCACAACAACUACACUAUUGCGAUGUCUGUAAGAUCAGCUGUGCUGGACCUCAAACGUACCGUGAGCAUCUGGAGGGCCAAAAACAUAAGAAGAAAGAAGCUUCUCUGAAAGUACCGCAACAACCACCGGCACGUGGCGCAGGCAACAGUCUACGUUGCGAACUUUGUGAUGUAACUUGUACUGGAAAUGAUGCUUAUGCUGCUCAUAUUAGGGGGGCUAAACAUCAAAAAGUUGUUAAGUUACACACUAAACUUGGUAAACCGAUACCAAGUGCAGAUCCAACAGUUUUGAACCCAAAACCAGCAGCCGCAGCUAAAACUACAGGGGUUAAGAAGCCAACUGUAACAGCUACUCCUAAAAUUAACUUUGUUGCUUCUGGAAAUUUGGGGACUGUAAAUCAAAAUCAAGCCCCGGAAAUUAAGACAGAAGAAACUGCAACAGAGGAAACUGUCGAAGAAGCAGCUGUUGAUGAAAAAGAUAUUCAACCAGUUGGUCAAGAGUACAUAGAAGAAAACAAAUCCGAAGAUGGAAAAAUCAUAAGUUUUAAUUGUAAGCUUUGUGAAUGCAGAUUUAAUGACCCCAAUGCCAAAGAUAUGCAUAUGAAAGGAAGGCGACACAGAUUUGCUUAUAAGAAAAAAGUUAAUCCCGACUUAGUUGUUGAUAUGAAACCAAGUUUGAAGCAAAGAAAGAUGUUAGAAGAAAAAUUUCGUAGACAACAAAUGCGAGACGAUUAUUUACGACGUAGAGAAGAAAUUAAUCAAUUGGGACCUAUGGGUCCAAUGAUGGAUGAGGAAAUGAUGUAUUGGGAAGAAAGACGACGCUAUGAAGAAGAAUGUGAGUACUAUGAGUGGUAUCGACGCUAUGGACGUGGACCUGGAGCUCCACCAAUGCCACGUCCUUUCCCAGGACCACCACCGAUGAUGAUGUUCCCUGGUCCUCAAAGAAGGCCAGAUUCAUCAGAUGACAAACAUGUAUUAGCUCAUCAUACCACCAUAUAUCCUAAAGAACAGGAACUGCUGGCAGUUCAGAAGAUCGUUUCACAUACUGAAAAGGCAUUGAAAUUUGUAUCUGAUACAUUGGCAGAAGCAGGCAAGAAAACAGCUCCAUCUAUUACUAAUGCUACUUCAACGGCUCCAACUACGACUACACCGCAGCAACCUCAACAACAGCAGUCACAACAACAGCAACAAAAUGCAGAUAUAGUCAAAAUUAAAGAAGAUUCUGACAAAAAGAAAACAAUAACGCCGCAGAAAGAAGAUGGCAGCGACGGCAAUUUGUUUUCAUUCCAAAAGGAAAAAGAAGAUUCCAGGAUAUUAAGAGGGGUAAUGCGUGUUGGCAAUUUAGCGAAGGGACUUCUAUUAUCUGGUGACAAUCACGUUUGUCUUGUAGUCCUGUGUGCAGAAAAACCAACACGAUCAUUAUUAAAUAAAGUUGCUGAGAUACUUCCGGCACAGUUGAAGAUCGUAGCUCCCGAGGAUACUUACAAUGUUGGGAAACACCCAGAGUCAGCAGCAUUAACUGUUUCAGGAGGCAGCGUGACUGUUAGCGUAACACUUACCAGUCCUUUAAUGCGCGAAACUCCCAAACCAGCUGCUGCUGCAGAUAAUGCUGGACAGCAGCAACAGGGAGCUGCUCAACCGCAAACAACGCCCGCGGCGCCCGCUGUGACGAAACCGGAUCCACCGGAUGUACUUCCCAAGGCUAAGUGUUUGGAGGCUUUAGCUGCACUCAGGCAUGCCAAGUGGUUUCAGGCUAGAGCAACUUCACUGCAGAGCUGUGUUAUGGUCAUUCGCAUAAUGCGUGAUCUUUGUAACCGUGUACCCACGUGGGGACCAUUAAACCCAUGGGCACUAGAAUUGUUAACUGAGAAAGUGAUUAGUACUGCUGGAGGACCUCUUAGUCCAGGUGAAGCAUUAAGAAGACUUCUAGAAUGCGUUGCUGGCGGAAUAUUGCUUCCAGGAAGCCCAGGAUUAUCUGAUCCGUGCGAAAAAGAGCCAGUUGAUGCAAUAGGCAAUAUGACAGCCCAACAAAGGGAAGAUAUAACUGCUUCAGCGCAACAUGCUUUACGAUUAGUUGCAUUUCGUCAAAUUCAUAAAGUUUUGGGCAUGGAACAACUUCCGCCACCUAAAUAUAAGGGCCGAUAUGCUAGAAAACGAAGACGUGACAACAGUAAUGGAGAAGGAACAGAUAGUGAAGCUUCAAAAAAGGAUAAAAAAGCAGAGGAGAUCAAAAUGGAGACUGACUCCAAGUAGAUCUACCAAAAUAUUCGCUUUAUCGAUUUACUCAUAACUUAUAUAGUAUAAGAAAUAAAAUUUUCUCGUGUCAAUUGCUUGUUCAAUGAGGUUGUUUCUAUAUUGGAAAGAUAUCAAAGUUUAAAACAAGACUAAUGAUCUAUUAAUACAGUAUUGUAAUUAUUUGGAAUGUAUCUCCCUUUGGACAACCAAUAGCGCAUCGUUUUAAUUCGCAAUCGUGAUUUUAAUGGCGAAAGAAAUUAUUAGGUCGGAUUAUAUCAUUGCACCUUGACUUUGUUUUUGAAUGUAUAAUAAUAUCAUAGAGUUAUCACGUUUCUAUUAGUACUAAGUUUAAUAUUUUAAUGACAAAACAUUAUGCAUUGCUUUGUCUGUUAUGAGCAACUUAAUUUUUUAGCAAGUUCCAAACAUCUUUAAAAUAAUGCAAUAUUUCGGAUUUCAUUUAUUAAAUUUAUUUUACGUAAAUUCUAGUUUUUAGAAUUAUUAUAAAAAUAAGCAUGAUGUUACUUUUAAAAUAGUUACACUUUUGCAAAUAUUUCACUGGAUACUUCUAAAAAGACUAAAGAUCUUUCCCAAACAGGCAAUUGGUACGAUUAGUUCCAGCACUAGGAUUUUGUCAAAGGAAAUGAUGAAUGCGUUAAUUAGUUUUGAAUUACUUAUUUAGCUAUAUUUCAAAGUCACAAUGUAUGACGAAAAAGUUUAAUAGAAAGGGUGGUGUAAAAACUGAACAUUUAUAAGUUUUGAAAAGUUAAAAGUAGGUUAGUUUGUAUUGAGAAUUCGUGUGUAUGUUGUGUGUGUAGUCGUAAAGAAGUGCAGAAUGUUUCCCUGCAUAAACAACUCCUAACAACGUAUGUUCACACCGCGUGUACUGAUUCACGCAGAAGAUUCCAAGAAAGCAGAGUUGAAAAAUCAAUCAUUAAAAUAAACGCUUUGCUGUCUAAUGAGGGUUAAGUGCACGUGUCAAGAAUUCUUAAUAUUUUCCUGUAGUUUGUUUACAAAUUUCACCGGAAAUUGAAUACUAUUUCAAAAUGUUCACAUUUAAUAAAUUUUUUUGACCUAGUGUAUGAAUCUUCUGUUGUACACAUGCAAUGAUUGAAUAAAUCGAACAUGCAUGAGAUAAGAAUAAGGUUUUCUUCACUUCCAUAUUCCUUUGCAUAUUACAAUAUCGUGUAAGAGCUUUUACAAAUAAGAUGAGUUGAUAAUAAGCAUCCUCUUUAACAAGAAGGCCACACACACAAUAGCACUUCGAUUGUAAGAUUAUAAUUAGCUAAUCUUUUACAGAAAAAAAGAACACUUGAGAUAAAAAGAAAGUUAAUUUAUUUUUGGAUGGCACCGAGUAGAACUGAGACUGAUAUUGUAUUAAUUUUUUAAUGAAACUUGUAGAAGAUAGGAUAUAAAAGCAAAGGAAAUAUAAUUUACGUUUAAUUUAAGAAGAUAAUUUAUAUAAAUUACGAACAUAAUUUCAUAUAACAUUCAUUCUGUUUGGUGCAACUAGUCCUUUCAAAUAAGUGUAUUAAUGAUAUUUAAAUUUCAUAAUUUCGAUCUUUCUGCUUCUUAUCUUCGUCCUUUAAUUAGGUUGGGCUGAUACAGGUUUUGAAUCAUUAUAAGACAGAGUAUUAAGCCAUUUUCGUUUUUUCUGUUUUACAGUAUUAAUUAAAGUAUGUUUGUAUAUAUUUAAAUAUAUGAGAGACAUGUGUAAUAUCUUUAAUUUAUUAUUAUUUGUUAAACCAAAUAUUAAUGUAAUGUAAUGCGCUACAUAUCUGCAGAUAUAUUACAAAGGAAAUUCACAAAUUUUUUUCAUUCAGUACCUCAAAUCUACAAAAACGUGUGUGUAGAGCCUUUAUAAAGUUUCAAAUCUAAAUAAUAUAUAUUAUCUUUUCAGUAUUGAGAACUGGAUGAUGUACUGAAAUUAAGGUGGGAAUUACGUUAUAUUUUUUUCAUAUAGAAAAAUCAUAUCAAACAUUCGCUGUGCCAUUCUAAUUAUACUUUACUUUUAAGAACAAUAUGUGAUUUAUUUCAUGUGAGAAAAGCUAUUACGUGUUUUAUUAUAAACGUACUUCGAUAGUAGAAGGUAAAUAUAUUGUUCUUAGAGUUCAGCUA